AUAUUGUUUUGUUGUUGUUAGGAUGCAGGGGGAAGUCAUCACAAAGUCUCUGUUUCUCCUGUCGUCCAUGUCCGAGGGCUGUGUGAAUCAGUUGUGGAAGCAGAUCUUGUGGAAGCUCUGGAAAAGUUUGGAACCAUAUGUUAUGUCAUGAUGAUGCCGUUUAAACGUCAGGCUCUGGUAGAGUUUGAAAAAGUAGAAAGUGCCAAGAAGUGCGUGACAUUUGCAGCAGAUGAACCUGUAUACAUUGCGGGGCAGCAAGCUUUUUUCAACUACUCGACAAGUAAAAGGAUUACUCGGCCGGGGAACACCGAUGACCCAUCUGGUGGAAAUAAAGUUCUCCUGUUGUCAAUCCAGAAUCCUCUCUACCCAAUUACAGUGGAUGUCUUGUAUACUGUGUGCAACCCUGUUGGAAAAGUUCAGCGCAUUGUUAUAUUCAAGAGGAAUGGAAUACAAGCUAUGGUUGAGUUUGAAUCAGUUUUUUGUGCCCAGAAGGCGAAGGCAGCACUCAAUGGAGCAGAUAUCUAUGCAGGAUGCUGUACACUAAAAAUUGAAUACGCAAGGCCAACUCGACUUAAUGUCAUUAGAAACGACAACGAUAGUUGGGACUACACUAAGCCGUAUCUGGGCCGACGAGGUAGGUUUUCCUAUGUUACUGCUGUAGAUGUAUGACUGUACUAAUAACAAUCCUUUAUACGUGGUCAGGCCGUAUCUCAAUAGUCAUUUCAAAGCAAGCCAGAGCUGCUGCUGUGUUCACAAGCCAACCUGUAACCCAGGAAAUUAACCCUGAGCCCUAGUGCCCCCUACUGCCGUGUGCUUGAGCCACUUAGUUCAACAAGGAGCCCACACCUGCAAGCACCUUCGCAGUUCUCAAGGACUUGCAUUUCUCCAAGCAGCUCUCUCUCUUUGGAGGAGAGGAAACCUGAUACAGACUAUUCCUUACAAACUACAAACUUGCACACUGCUUCUCCUUCGAAAGGACUCUUUUUCCCCUAUGUUGGACGAGGCAUUAAGAAGGAUAGAGGACUUCAGCAGGCUGACUCUACACUUCUUCAUGCACCACAUCGGCAUCAGCAAAGCCAAAACAAAAAACACCAAACCCUCUGAAAAACCUCAGACUUGCAAUUCACCUUGUCUGCAUACUGCAUGCACCACUACCACAAGUUUUUAAAAGGAGGACACUUUCAGUACUUCAGAUUUGUAUGGGAUGAAUAACACGAUAGACUGUACCCAUUCUGUUCAAGUUUGUAUGUAUGCUGGUCAUAUUUCCCUUAAAAUUAAAACUGAAAAGUUGAGACCCUCCAAAAUUAAGAACCUCUUUUGUUGAUAUCAUUGACAUUGUAAUCUUUUUAUUACUUGCUGUAUGUGAGAGUUGCAUUCAGUCUUAAUGAUGUAAAUAUUGUCUAGUAAUAGAGAAAUUUCAUCCUGAUCUAUAGAUAGUUGGAACUGAGUAGUGCAAUAUCAGAUAGGUCCCCUCAGUUAUAUUUAAGUAUUAAAACAGGGAGAUUCAUAAUUGAUACAGGCAUACUGUCUCUUCAGUAUUCAGCUGUAACAGUCUCCAAAGCUUGACUCCUGUCAGUGGGAAAUUAUGACUGCUUUUGUAAAGACAAACUACUGUAUAGCCUGACUCCUGUAAAGUGUUCACUUAAAACGAUAAUAAUGUGUAACAAUUGAGCGCAGUAUUCAGUAACUUAUGUACAAUAAUGCGUGCAAUGUAAAGUUAGAAAAGCAAAGAGAUGUCCAAGUCAGAGUACUUUUCAAAGGCUAUAUGAGAGCCUGGGCUUUGGCCAUCUCAAGAGACAUGCACUUUCAAAGUAAUUCUGCAAGACACCGGGUUUGUAAAACUGUUGUACCACUAAAAACACAGGGCUUGAAUUUUCAGAAUGAAGUUCUUGUAAAAAGUUAACAAGGGAGCUACAGUAUUGGUUGCAGCUUAUAGUUUAUGACUAUUUUUAUGAAGAUUUUUUUCUCAAAUUCCUAUGUUCAAAAAAGCAACUUAUCGAAGUAAAAAAACUUGAGGGCAAGAAAGAAAAAGGAUUGCAUAUGAAAAUUCUGAUGGAUUAAUUUGACCCUCUUAUCUUCCAAUCAUUGCGGUGAUUGGAGAGUAACUUGUAACAUGCUGCCCCUAAUUACAUUAGCUAAUUGGUCUGCAGAUUUGUAUGAACUGUUUCCCAAGCAAAAAACAGUGGAAAAUGAAAACAUUAAGAAAGAUAUAACUUGCUCUUUCUCAAGAACUCUCACUCUACUCUUUUGCUUUUCCUUUUUUGUUACUCUGAAUGCCUAUCUCUACAUCGCUCCACUGCACUUAAAAGGAAAAUGACUGGAUUUGUACUAUGCAGCAUGAGUUUUCAUUUACCAUAGUCCACAUCCACUUGUCUAGAAAAUGAGAAUAUGAAUUUUUGAACGAACACUGAAGGGAAAGUAGGCAGCUAGAUUAUGUCCAUGAAGUAAUCCAGGACUUGUUUUGAGAGAGUUCUGGUAUGUGUGCUUCUAUGUGCUCCCACAACAGCGUUUGGCUUUUGAACUUAAUCUGACUGAAACUGUAAGGGUCUGACACCAGCAAGGAAGAUUUUAGCCCUGGGGAAAUUGCAUUUUGAGGACACACGCUGCUAAUAAUAAGCCUUUCAGAACUUAAUUCCUCCCACUGAUCCUAGGACACAGAAAUGCAUUUAGCUAAUUAUUUUUUUAAAUAACUAUUUUAUUUGUGGUAACAAAUCAUUUACGUCCCCUGAGCAUUUCUUCACCAAAGUAAGCUUCUUAACAAGUACUUGAGGCUAUGAGCCCAUACUGCAUUAAAUUGAACUGUCAAAA